GAAACUUAAGCGUGCACGGAUCGACAACACCAGUGUUAUUGUAUGGUGAUGACAUUACACAUCACAGCCAAGGCUGUUGUGCCUGCAAACAUGGACGAAGAAAUGAAGAAUGCAACAUUCACAACGUAUACGUCGAUGGACACAUUCUACAGCGAUAGCACAUACCUUAGCACGUCUGUAGUGCCAUCACCUACAAACGUCACCGGAAAUACGUCAGAUUUAAUCAAUAUCUAUAUAACAUCCGGCCCAUAUAUCGAUGCUAUAAAUGACGAAUAUUUUUCUACAGUUUUACUCCCAUCGUUCAUCUACGCAUGCGUACUUUUGGCUGUCGGAAUUCCCGGAAAUGGUCUAGUCGUGUAUGUCUAUGGAUUUAAAAGUAAACGUACUGUUUCCCGAACUUUUAUUUUAACAUUAGCAGUUCUAGACUUAAUCAACUGUUUAUUUUCAAUAUCGACUGAGCUUGUCAUUCUUCGGAAUUUCCUCAAAUUCAACUACCCAACAAUAUGCAAGAUCAGCCGAUUUGUCACUUCAUUCUGUAAUCAUUCAACAACCAUUAUAUUGCUUAGUAUUGCUAUUGACAGAUUUAGAAAAAUUCGUUAUCCACUAAAAAAGAAAAUGAAGAUGUCCACGGCAAAAAUAAUUGUGAUUUGUUCGAUGUUAUUUGGGUGUUUAACAGGAAUACCAUUUGUGCUCUUUUACGGAACAAAAACACAAUUUCUGAGAGAAGUCGAAACAGACACUCAAAGACUUGUGUACCAAGGGAAAUUAUGUCUCCCACGAGACGGCUUGGAUAUUAUCUACCAAGAGGUUCUAUUAAUAGUUUUGUCUUUUGCGCAUGUUUUAAGUGACGUGAUUCUAGGUGUACUUUACUCAUUUGUCGGGAAAAGUGUACUAUUGAGUCACAAUUCAUUUCGUCGCGUGGAUCCAGCAUCGGUUAAACCACAUUCUGAAAGGAAACGGAGCAUUGAACUUGGUAGACGUAAUACUCUGCGACUCAAUAGUACCUCUUCUGCCCCGGGUACAGCUGGUAGAACAAACACCAUGUUAUUUCUUGUGACCCUCGUGUUCAUCCUGUCUUUCAUGCCAUAUUUGGUACUGGCAUUCUUGCGGACAUUCCAAAUCGAAGCCAAACAAACUUCUACAACAGAAAAAGCUGUACGACAUUUUUUCUUGCGAAGUUAUUUCUUAAAUAGCGCCAUUAAUCCCAUAUUGUAUUGUUUUGUAAGUAAACACUUCCGUCAGGAGGCAAUUACGGGUGUUCACCGAAUGGUCCCGGGAAGGAAAUCCCAGUAUACCAUUCAAAGACAAACGGCUAGACAAAACGUUCGCAAAUCGUAGUUACACAAUCUAAUACAAAGGUUAAGAGUGAAUAUUGGCACUAUUUAAAUCAAUAUUCAUACCCCGAUACUUCAAAUAUUCACAAUAUUAAAUAUUGAACUGCAGUGUUAUCUUUUAUGGUCGUCUUGGUAUAUAUUAAGUCCGUUAGAGGUGAUGAUGAUAUCUGUGUAUUUAGUCGCUUGUUGGAAUUAGCGACAGUGAUCGAAAUUACUUACCAUCAUAUCUAAUAAAGACAAAUUUAUCAGUUGUUUCAAUAGUUGCCAUUUUCAAUAAAAUCAACAAAACGCCA